UAAAUGUUAGCGCGCGCAAACUUUUGUGUUUGUAAACAUAAAGUUGAGCUACGUUGUGCACUUUAGUUUAUCAUGGAAGUAAUUAACGAUUUACGAACUAUGGACGGUGAUAGCGAUACGGCCUUAAGCGAUGAGGAGCUGGUAACUGCAGAGAAAGUUCUUGCGGCCCUGGAAGAGGCAUGGUUGAACGAGAAGUUCAGUCCAGAGCUGCUUCAGCAUCGGACCGAUCUAGUGGACUGCAUGAUGGAGCAGAUAAGUCAGAUGGAGGAGAACCUGAACCGACUGAACAAGACCGACUUCAGGGUGGUCGUGCACCGCAUGGAGCUCGACCGCAUCCGCUACGUCAUCACCAGUUACUUGCGUAUACGCCUGGAGAAAAUUGAACUGUUUACGGCGCACAUUCUGGAAGAGGACAGUAAACGUAAUUCGGACGAUUCUUACCUGUCUCCGGCCGAAUUCAGAUUUGCUACGGAUUUUCUAGCCAGCGUAGAGAGUCAUUUCCGGCAGCUUGCCCUGCGACACAUGCCAACAAACAUGCAGAACUGUGACAAGGCUAAAAUGUCGGUCAAACCGAAUAUCUCGAGCUUCGUGUUCCUCCGGUCGAAGCAAAAUGUCUCAGGUGUGGUCGUGGAAGGUGAUGUGGAAAACAGGGACGAAGAGAUAGAUCUUGAAGAGGGUUCGCAGCAUAUCAUGCAGUAUAAAACUGUGCAAGAACUCGUCAAGUCUGGGCAGAUACAACUGAUUUAAUAAAACGUUAGGUUAAAGAUUUUACAAUGAAUAUAGUACUAUAAGGCUGUUUUUUUUACUGUUGUAAACAUGUUUAAACUGUUGAGAAUUUUUGAACGUAAUGGUAAAUAUUGACCACUGGGGUGCAUCGAUACGAAGGCAAACAAAAAUUAGAAAAUGGAUUUUUGGUAAUUGUUCGGGACAAGUGCUGUAAUAUGCGGGUUUUGGGCUGGGAACAUUUUAUUCCAUAUUGUUUGUUUGUCGUUUUCUCAAAAUUAUUGUUUUCCGAUAUUGUUGACUAUAAUAUAAGGCUCCUGCUGUAUUUCAUAUUACGAUACCAAUAACACAUAUUUUUGAAAUUUA